UUCAUCAAAUCAUUCAGCUGGUACUUGUUUUCAUGACAUGCCAUCCUAUGCUCUUUCUCUCCAUCCCGAACAUCACCUUUUUGCUUUUGACCCCCAUCAAAACCACAGUGAUACAUCCUACAACGCCUUCCUCUCGUCUCAGAGGAGCACAUUUUCUCUCACUGUAUUGCACAACACUCUCUUCUCCCAUUAAAUGUGUAACUGCCUCCGUUUCCUUAUAUUGAAUCAUUUUACUCACACACAGGAGGAGACUAAUGCAAGGUCCCAAGGUGAACUCCAUAUCUAGCAAAAAAAGGAAUAAACCAAUAUAUUAUACUCUUCCCAUCUCAUCCUGCACCUCUUAUGAAACCAUAAGACUGCUGUCUGAUGAAGACUGUCAAACAUAAUCUGUAGCUCGGCACUUAAUACUCACUCAUUUCUCAUUCUACUGGUUUGUCACCUGUGUAUGCAUCUCUCUCUACACCCCCACCCCCUCGCCUCUCACUCCCUCUGACACACACACACACACAAGCACUCAAACAUAAUGGACUAAAACCCUUGCUGCAAUUCUUUACCUUUCAGAGGAUAUUUUUUUCAUGCUUUUCUCAUCUGUCGCUCUCAUUUUAAGCGCCGUUCAUGUCUAUCCCAUCGUUGUUUUCCACCUACACCCCCACACUUAAUUAUCCAGUCAUUUCUUUAUUUGUUGCUCCAUCUUUUUCAUUUGCCAUCAGAAAAUGAUUCACAUCCCAGAGGGUCAUUUAGUAUUUCUGAUAUAAUUUGAGAGUUAUGUUUACUUAAAUGGGGAAUCAUUUUUGUAAGUUAUUACUGGGACUACUGUGAUAUAUUUUAAGGGGCAGGUAAUUUAGUGUAGUUAUUUUUGGAACAAUGUUUAGCAAUAGGAGGAGAAAACUGUUGAUGGCAGGGUGGUGAAAAGGUUGUUAGGGAAUUGGGUUUAUUGCGACCUAACAAAAAUCUGACUUUUUGGUGUGAGAGAGGGAAUGCGAGCCGGAAAGAGAGUGAGAGAGGGAAAGAGAGUGAGAGAGGGAAAGAGAGUGAGAGAGGGAAAAAGAGAGUGUAUUAAACACAGUAAUAGACAUAUACAUAGAUAAGUAGAGCAAACCACAAUUCAUUCUCUCUCCACCUCUUUAUAUUUACUUUUGUUCUUGAUGGAGAAUGUUAUGAUUCUCCUCUACAUUAUAUGAAGAUAUUGGGGAAUGAGAAAUGUUUAAAAUAUUCUUCACAAUGAUAAAUGCAUUCUGGACGUAGCUGUUUUCCUGAGGAAUUACUCUGUCUCGGAUUGGACUCCAAAUGAAAGCCUCUAAUUAACUCUUAAUUGAAAUUCAGGACUUUUUGGUGGUUUUUCCAAAUGGACUUAAGCUGAUUUUAAUACUUUUUUUCUACUCAUGAAUUUUAAUGGGAUUUUACUAUCAAGGAUUAAGGAGUCAACAUCUUUUAUCUUCUAGUGAUAUAUUUGUGAUUGUUACAAUUUCUCCUAUCUACAAACACAAUUACAUUUAGAAUCACUCCGUAUUAAGGGUUAAUUAGUUCACCCUCCCUCAGUCUGAGGCUAUGAGAGGGAGAGAGGAGUCCCAGGCCACACCAUCAUGCUACUUCUGAGAAGCAGGGAUGACAUUUUGGCUGCCAAUACACAAGGUAUUACAUUCCCACUCCUCGAUUAUGCAUGUCUGCGGCUGCCACAGCCCCUCCUACCCUCAGGAAAGGCGAGCGUCCCCCACACCCCUGCCCCCCCAGGAGGUGAGACGUCCUCCCCGGCGCCGUGCGGCCCUCUCCUCCCUCUCCCUGUCCCUCCUGGGCCUCCUGAUGUGCCUGUUCCACCUGCCCCCCACCUGUCACUCUCGCAGAGACAAGGGCGGGGGCGUGGCCCACUACAUCCCCAUGGCCCAGCCUCCCCACCACCAGGUUCUGCCCAAGCUGGUUCAGGGCCUCAGCAUCGCUGUGGUGCUGGUGGGCAACUCUAGCGAGGUGGCGUUGGCGGGCGCCCGGGAGAAGGACGACUUCCUGCACAUGCCGCUGGCGCCCAACGUGGAAGUGCUCACCAUGAACGAGACGGACCCCAAGAGCAUCAUCAAGAGCAUCUGUGACCUGAUGACAGAGCACUGGCUCCAGGGCGUGGUGUUCGGGGACGACACGGAUCAGGAGGCCAUAGCCCAGAUCCUGGACUUCAUCUCUGCACAGACACACAUCCCCAUCCUGGGGGUCCGCGGUGGCUCCUCCAUGAUCAUGGCUGCCAAGGAUGACAACUCUAUGUUCUUCCAGUUCGGCCCGUCCAUUGAGCAGCAGGCCUCGGUCAUGCUCAACAUCAUGGAGGAGUACGACUGGUACAUCUUCUCCAUCGUCACCACAUACUACCCCGGAUACCUGGACUUUGUCACCAAGAUCCGGAGCACCAUAGAGAACAGCUUUGUGGGCUGGGAGCUGGAGGAGGUUCUGCUGCUGGACAUGUCAGUGGACGAUGGAGACUCUAAGAUCCAGAACCAGCUGAAGAAGCUGCAGAGCCCUGUCAUCCUGCUGUACUGCACUAAGGAGGAGGCCAACACCAUCUUCGAAGUGGCCCACUCCGUAGGGAUCACGGGCUACGGCUACACCUGGAUCGUCCCCUCGCUGGUAGCUGGGGACGCUGAAGUGAUCCCUGCCGAGUUCCCGACAGGUUUAAUCUCUGUGUCGUAUGACGAGUGGGACUACGGCCUGGAGGCUCGCGUGCGCGAUGGGGUGGCUGUCAUCGCCAUGGCAACCUCCACCAUGAUGCUCGACAGGGGGGCACACACCCUGAUGAAGUCUGAGUGCCACGGGGCCACGGACAAGAAGGGGCCCAUUGCUGGGAACCCCAAUGAAGUGCUCAGGUACCUGAUGAACGUGACGUUUGAGGGCCGGAACCUGUCCUUCAGUGAGGACGGCUACCAAAUGCAUCCCAAACUGGUCAUCAUUCUACUGGACAAGAUGAGGCAGUGGGACAAGGUGGGGAAGUGGGAGAACGGCUCCCUGUCCAUGAAGUACCACGUCUGGCCUCGCUUUGAGAUCUACUCAGGGGCAGAGAGCCGGGAGGACGACCACCUUUCCAUCGUUACGCUGGAGGAGGCUCCGUUUGUCAUCGUGGAGGACGUUGACCCCCUCAGUGGCACGUGUAUGAGGAACACUGUGCCCUGCAGGAGACAGCUCCAAACAAUGUGAGGGGAAAACUCUCCACAACACUGUCUAGUGCCACGUACAAUGUCUGUUACACAAUGUAUAUCCUUAAUACUACUGUAAUGUGUAUAAUACCACAACAAUGUAUUCAACUAUAAUGUAAAGUAUUGAUGUCAAAGCAGUGUCCAAGUCUAUCAUUUUAAGCUGUAUAAUAAUGCUAGUUAGUGUUCCACUAUAAGGGGCAUACAAAAGGCCUUUAGACCCUCAAACUCCAUUCUUACAGUACAUUAUGAGUAUCUGCCAUCUGCCUCCAGUAUCUCUACAUCUGUACUGAGUUGUAUUAAGCCUCUAACUGUGUGGGUACGUCCUGUCCUGUGUCUCAAUAUGUUCCUCUCUCCACCCUGUCUCACUCUGCCGUGGCAACAUGGCCAUGAUGGUAUCCAAAUCCAGGCUAGCGGGAAAUAAAACCGUCGACUCAGGGA